AUGGAAUAUUUCUGUGAUGCUCGUAAAUGCGCCACAGACUUUUUCAAAAAUCUUCAGAAAAACCCUGGAAACUGCAGGUACAAUACUUUAACUAAGCUGCUUGCUGUAUAGUCUGCUACACAGCCGUCUUUAGUGUCGUCAAGCAACGCGUUAGUGGGGAGGAGCGUUGCGUGACGACACAAAAACGGCUGUGUAGCAGACUACGUGCCCAUGGGUGAUGGAGCCAGUAAAACGCGGGGUCGGACCUGUUUUAGGGUUUGGGUUAGGGUUUGACACCAACCCUAACCCUAGCCUAAGCCUAAGCCUAACCCUAAAACGGCAUUCUUUAAAAAAAAAAAAGACAGACCUUGACCCAGGCCCCGAUCCCGGCCCUGCGUGUCACUGACACCCAUGGGUGAUCACAGCGAACAGUGCACAUGUCAAGUUCUAGAAAAUGGGACUAUUUGUUUAUCAAAGUCGCUGAUAUUUUCGCUGGACCUUUCCUAUCUCAAAGUCGUAUGUCGCCCCAUGUAAGCGGUAAUUCAGAAUUUCGGAAUCCGGGAAACGUUUCUUGUGGAAACUGGAAUCCAGGACUUUGGAAUUUGGAAUUGACAGCUCAAGGAAUUCGGAAUAACGAUAACGUUUACAAGUAGAAUCCAAAUUCCACUGACAAGGAGUCCGAAAUCCAGUACCUGGGAUCCGGAAUCCACAUCUUGGAAUCAAGAAUCCAUGACUGUCUUGGAUAAUUUUAUACAUGGGGCGACGCCCGGGAGCAGGGGGGAAUUACUCCCUUAUAUAAGUUAUAUGUUAUAUAGGUAUAUGCUGCCCCCUCGGGUAGGGUUUUUGCGCCGUUUCGGUCUGAAAACGGGUAUGCGCUUUGCCAUCUUGGUUUGGAAUCGGUUUUGGUUUUCGAGGGAACUACGGGAGUGUAUGAACGUAUUUAUCGUUUCAAUUCCAAAUGAGUAAGAAAGAAAGAGAAAUAAGCCAAUUCGAAAUGGACUUGAAAUUUUUUGGCUUGCACUCUAAUCUUAGUAAUGAUAACAUAAUGUCUGCCAGAACUGGGUGGCAUACCCCCACCAAGAAUUCCCAGGAGUACCCCACGGAGGGCGACGUCUGGAAAGCAUCGUUAACAGGGUUAUGGGCUCCCGUCGUUAACCAACACUUUAUAGAAGAUACUAUGCGCCAAAUAACAAUGCUUUUCUUCGAUUUCGGACGUAUAAAGUGCAUGUUGCUUCUUCUAUUCAGAGAUCUUUUUGAGAGUAUAUUUUAAAUUUUACAUCCUUAGGACCAAGUUCGAGACAUUGAUCAAAUGUGAGACUAAAACAAUUGAUAUUUGUGACGAAAAGGACAAACUAUCAAAAAGCCAGGUCAAGAGAAUUCUUCUUUCACAUUUAGAUGAAAAUGUGUAUUGUUUGAAAGGUGGGUGGAAAGAAACGCCGGGGAGCUUGCCAUGCAGGAGCUCGUUUGUCACUGAGACAAACAAAUGUACAAGAAACUUCCAUCAAAGGUUCGCUGCAGACAAGACGGAUCCGGAGCUGUGCUCGUAAGUUAAAGUUUGAACGAAUACAAUAGACUAUAUCUACACAACGAAAACCGAAACAAGCAAUGUAACGUUGUACCAGCUUGUUUUAAAGUGCCCUAAAGGGAGUUACAUUCAUGCCAAGUCAAGCGUUAGGGGUAUUUUGCAGAACGCAGAACUGCCGCCGAACGCCAAAUGACUCUGAAUUUUGGCAGAUUUAAAGGGUUAGGAAACUGUUCCAUUUUGGGUCAUUUCAAUAGGUAAAAUGACCUGAAACAUGAUGUUGGUUUUUGAGAAGGGGAAAACAGAAGCACCCUGAGAGAAAAAUCUUUUAAAAGCAUGAAGGGGACCAACAAUAAAUUCGUCCUACAUAUAGCGUCCCAACUUGGAGUCGAAUUCGGAAGAAAUUGUAAACGGCAAGUGUCACCACCUGACUGCCCCGCCCUUGCUUCCCCGUUGCAUUAGCGGCGACUUUGCGGUCACGCAGGAACCAAAAUAUGAUCGCUGCAUUUAAGAGCGAAUGCACAGAAAAAUCGAGCAAACCGUGGCCACAGCUCAAAACCUAACCUACCCUCAUUUUAAGUCUGUAAUAAGGUUUUAAUGAGUUUAUAACACUGCUGAGGUUUAAAUUUCAAAAUGCGGCCGAACUUGGGAAUUAUUUGAGAUUUUCGAUUUCAACGGUUUGCGGGCCUAAAAUUAGCCGCCGAACACGGCAAUAUAGCCUGGCGACAGAGAUGAGCUGACUUUCAUAAACGAGCGAAUAUAUUGGCAAUCUUCCAUUUAAAUCUCAAAAAACAGAUAUCUAACAAUUUCUAAACAGCACAUUUUUUUAGAUUUAGAGAAUAAAAUAUCGACGAACGAGCACAAUUUUGAAACGUAAUUUGCAUAAUGCUUAUAAAUACAACAAUUUACCGCUAAAACCAAAAUCGAAUUUUCUAUAUGGGGGAAUUCUCCAAAUCACCCCAAAUCCCGCUUACUACCCAAUAAGAUAUAGUACUUCAACAUUAUCUGAAAGUUAGUCUGGUGUUCUUGCGAACGCUUGUAAAAUAGAUUGAUUAUUUUGAGGUUAUUUUGCCCCAAACAACCGCUAAUUGACCCAAGGGUCUGUUGACACGUGCACGUCACCUUAGUUUUAUGCAUCGAUUUGAGCUCGUUAAAAGGGAGAAACUAACAAGAUUCUUUUAAUAUGUACCUGUUUUACUGAAAUACACGCAAUCUUCAAAAGGAGAGGCCGUUCAAUGCGUAAAUUCUGUUCUUGAGAUCUUGUAGAUUGUACCAUGGCGUCUGCGAGUGGACCUGAGUCUAGGUCUGUUUUCCCGUGACUGCGAAAUCAGAAUAACAUCAUGAAAUAAUUCUCGCUCGAACCUUCGUAAAUGAAUCAGCUUUGCAGUGCCUUACCUGAGAUAAAAAGUGGCCCGAAUAGGAAAACAUUCUAGCGCUAUUUGGAUCCUUUGCAGCACGUAGUGUAUUUGCUAAGCGGCGAUGGUAUCAAUGACUUUUAAUUAGUUACUCACCUCCGAUUGCGUGACCAGGCAAUUAUCGAUUGUCUCCUGCGAAAAAGAAGUGCACGGGAAACCAAAGCUUUCGGGAUACAGUAAAUUCAUUUUCCUGUAUGACCAGGUGUCCUUUUUGCCCUAUUUUAAAAGCGAUUAACUAAGAUGAUUAGCAAACAUACUGUCCCACUUUUUUAAAAAUGGUACAGUAACUGAAUGUUCUGUUCUUCUGAUUUUACCCCAACCCCAGAGUGUUCAGAAGAUAUAUUUGCACUACGCAUGAAAGGCAAAUGGAUUAAAUUUUAAGGUUCAAGGCGGUUUUAAGGCAUGGGUUACCAGUGGAUUAGCCAGACUUGUCAUAAGGUGCAUUGAACAGAAAAUUACAGGCAUGAUAUCUCUGCUAUUGUAUGUCCAUUAAGUGAUUUUCCAGCAAACAUUAUUUUUUGACUUUUUUUACCCCAAAAGUUUUUUCCGUGCAAUUCUUAUCUAUGAGAUCUAAACUUAGUUAAAUUUCUGUAAUUUGUUGUUAAAUGCAAUUCUGCAAACAACUAAGUAUUUAAUUUUGCGUAAAAGAUACAUGAAAUUGUACUGUUUAGCUGUAAAUCAUUAAAAGAGAAAGCAUCAUGCUUUCUCUUUUCAAGUCUAGUAGGACUUAAGCAAUGGCAUUGCUUAAGUCCUAGUAGUUGUUCUCCAUGCCCGCUAAGGAGGAAAUAGUUUGCUCUUUUCAAGAAAUUGUUCUUGCCCACUGCGGUUUCAAACCAAGGAUAGCAGCAAGUCUGUCGUGGUCAUAUACUGCUACUUCAGUGCAAACGAAGCAUAGGCGCACAAGUCAGCGCUUGCGUUUAGUCAGGUGCCGAAAAUGAAGUGGAAACUUACAGUCAAACCAGGUCAGGCGUACCCCCCAAGAAUCCAUUAAUGAAUUUAUUAUUUAAAAGUUGAAUCCGUUGCUAGUUGUAGAUUUCAGAUUGAUCUCUGCAUUCUUGUAUUUCUCGUAUGUGUAUAUAAUGAGCCGAGAAUUCACACGCGAGGCAGUUAUGAAAUUUCUACCAGCUCCAUUUUCCUGAAAUUGAUGUAAAUGUCUUCUAAGAAGCUUAAUCCAUUCAAAGAUUUCCAAUCUGACCAAAUACAGAGAAGUUCUCGUAAAAUAUUCACUGCUCAUUACGUAUGCAGAAAUGCCGCUUUGAAUUUGACACCAGUUACAGGAACGACUAACGGAUUCAUUUUUCAAAUAAUCAAUUCACUGACAGAAUCUUGGGGGGUACGCUUGACUUGGUUUGGCUGUAACCCCAAGGGCGUCCAUGUUCGCUCCGGUUCGAAAAGGUACAAUCAGUUGUGCAGUAAAAAGUAAAGCGAAAAACCUGCGGGAGCUGGGGAAAGAAAGGCGUCUUAUUUUUCUUUUGCAUUGUUCUAUUUUCGUGACGUGGUACAGGCUACGAAAUACUGACAAGCUCAGUAUAUGUCUUCACCACCGAGAGUCACUUGCCCUUAGCCGGACACGCCCCUCACGUAUCAUGUUUCGUUCCUAAAGUUAUUUUAAAGCACAGAACCAAACCUAAUCAGCGGCGGAAGGCAGAAAGGGAGAUGAGCAAACGGAUGUCACAGCAUAUUUUUAAGAAGCUGGUAUCCUGGUGCCUAUCGGCUCAGGAACGAUUGAUUACUACUAGAAUUAAUAUCAGGGUCAGAAUUUGAGUGCUACAAUGGGAGGGAAGGAAGAAAACCGCCGCGCACACUAAACUUUCUCGUCCUGACGGUUUCAAAGAAGGGUGUUGUGGCUGCUAUUUAAUUUACAGUGUCUGUUGCAGGUGUUGAAUUAAUCUUACAGUAACUGGAAACGUGGCCACGCCUGCUGAAACUGAGAUUGCUUGUAGGAUGAACGGCUAUAGUAUGGUAUAUUCACGAGCGCGUUUUGUCCAGUGGACUGAGUGGGUAGUUUUUCUUAACGAAGGGAUGGGGUGGGUCAAGUGUGUAGUUCGGGGAACGUUUGCCCUCUUUAGCAGGGGUGGGGUAUAUUUGUUGAUAUCAGGAGUUCUGGCCUGGAUAGAGUCGUUGUAAAGCUAUUUUUGCUUCGGAGUAUCGGUUUACCGGACACUGAGCAAGAAAAUGUCAAUGGUGCCUUUAUGGAAUAAUAAUAGAGAUUCUCAUGGUCUAACAGUGCGAAGAUUAGACUUCUGGUAAGGUGGCAACGAUCACGGCCCGCAUUAUAAUUCAUGAUAAUUGAAGGUCAUAAUGUGGAAAAAAGCGACUGAAAUGGUGGAUGCCAUGCAAUCCUCUCGGGUGGGGGCGGCGUACCUGGCCUUAACAGUUGCCCCUGCGACAGAAGGCAAGCAUGCCCAGAUUGUCCACGGGUUGCUAAAUGAGACCGUCCCUUUCUUAGUACCCGUUCCCUGUCUUAUAAUUAGACUCGGGCAAAUUUCUCGAGAUUGCACCAUCAUUUUCGGCUUAAAGCUUCCAAAGUCAAACAAUAAUAGCGCAUGUUCGCGACGGUUUUUAAGUCAGUCAAGUUCUUAAACCAGGCCUUAAACGGCCAGUUUUAAGUGUCGGUAACAGUUAAAAAGGCAUACAAGCCUCACGCAAAAGACAGUGGGAAGAAAGUGCACAUCGGUGAUGGGGGAAAAGGAGUAGCCCACAGUUAUUUAGGGGUGGAUCUUUCGAAACAUUCUUAUACUCUUGGACAGAUAUGCAUUGUUUAAAGUUUUAGGCAAACCAGCUGUAAAUUUAUAGUAACAAACUGUUAAAUAUACAUCAGCAAGAUUUUUGCGAAUCCUAUUUUUCGCUGGAGACUAUCGUUUACCGGCUGGUCACGCAAUCAAAGGUAACGUACUUUCCCACGUUUGUUUACUCACCUUUCGCUCAGCAAUACACUGCGUUCCACAAAGGAUCCAAAUUGCGCUAGAAAUGUUUUGCUAUUCGGGCCACUUUUUAUCUCAGGUAAGGCACUGCAAAGCUGAUUCACUUACGAAGAUUCGAGGGAGAAUUAUUUCUCGAUGUUAUUCUGAUUUCGCAGUCACGGGAAAACAGACCUAGACUCAGGUCCACUCGCAGACGCCAUGGUACAAUCUACAAGAUCUCAAGAACAGAAAUUACCCAUUGAACGGCCUCUCCUUUUGAAGAUUGCGUGUAUUUCAUUAAAACAGGUACAUGUUAAAAGAAUCUUGUUAGUUUCUCCCUUUUAACGAGCUCAAAUCGAUGCAUAAAACUAAGGUGACGUGCACGUGUCAACUGACCCUUGGGUCAAUUAGCGGUUGUUUGGGGCAAAAUAACCUCAAAAUAAUCAAUCUAUUUUACAAGCGUUCGCAAGAACACCAGACUAACUUUCAGAUAAUGUUGAAGUACUAUAUCUUAUUGGGUAGUAAGCGGGAUUUGGGGUGAUUUGGAGAAUUCCCCCAUAUAGAAAAUUCGAUUUUGGUUUUAGCGGUAAAUUGUUGUAUUUAUAAGCAUUAUGCAAAUUACGUUUCAAAAUUGUGCUCGUUCGUCGAUAUUUUAUUCUCUAAAUCUAAAAAAUGUGCUGUUCAGAAAUUGUUAGAUAUCUGCUUUUUGAGAUUUAAGUGGAAGAUUGCCAAUAUAUUCGCUCGUUUAUGAAAGUCAGCUCAUCUCUGUCGCCAGGCUAUAUUGCCGUGUUCGGCGGCUAAUUUUAGGCCCGCAGACCGUUGAAAUCGAAAAUCUCAAAUAAUUCCCAAGUUCGGCCGCAUUUUGAAAUUUAAACCUAAGCAGUGUUAUAAACUCAUUAAAACCUUAUUACAGACUGAAAAUGAGGGUAAGUUAGGUUUUGAGCUGUGGCCACGAUUUGCCGAUUUUGCUCGAUUUUUCUGUGCAUUCGCUCUUAAGCAGUGGGGGCGUCAAAGAAGUGUUGAUAAUUUCAUCUGACGCGGCCCCUCCUUUCAUAGGGGUAUUCCACCCCAGGAAUAUCAUUUCGUUUCAUUUCAACCACUUUAGAGUCAUUUUUUUAAAAGGUUACAACAUUUGUUAAUGCCAAUGAGUUUGCCCUUAACCUUAGUUAACUAGAGUAAAAUGACGCCAUCGGGGAGUAUCUGGGAUUUUGAGUGAGAAUACAGAGCAGAGCUGAGUAUGCUGGUUUUCACAUGACGUUACCAAAAGUCAAACUAAAGAAUAAUCGAUUCUCUUCUUACUUUCAUUCAUGAGCUUUCAAAGAAGCUAAGAACUAAUAUUUACUCAAAUGCUCCCUUCGAAAGUGUUCUUUGUCAGUCUGAGAGAGUACAAUUGAAAUCCUAAGCUUUUGCGCGACGCGGCAUUUACAUGGUGACCGAGAGAGCUUCCAUAUAUGUAGGUUCAAAAACUGACUUAUUUUGGGGGAUUUUGCAUCUGAACAGUCCUUGUAACAGAAAAAGAAUUACGCUAAUGUUUAUUGAGUUCCUCGAGAGAUCAAUUCAUGAUUUCACAGUAAAUUAAGUGACAGGUGUUUUAUUGGUUUACGGCCACGACGUUAAUGCCACUCAUAUGGACACCAACAUGGCGUCUCCAUACAAAGCUCAUUGUUGAUCUACAUAUAAAUUUGGGUCAAACAUUUCUCCAGAUAUGUCGCAUAUGAAAAAUUGCACUGAUCUGAAUAUUGGGGAGGCAAUAGCGGUGCAGAUGAAUUAAGAAUAAAAGGGGGUCACUCAAGGAUCCCCCUCUUCCCCUCGAUCUACCCCUGGCAAUCCUUAGAGUGACGUAUUACCUCUCUGCAUCUCAACAGGGAAUAUGCCAAAGCGAAGGGGUGUAUGAAGAACCUGACAGCAUUGGAUUGUCACUUUCCGUCUAGUCAGCAGGAAGUGAUAGAUCUAGACCUCGGUGACUGGAAUCCUUUCUGCCAAAACAAUCGAGAUCCUGGGGCAACCGUAAAAGACCAGUGUGAUGGUGUGAAGAAACUCCACAACCCCCUGCAUAGCAACGGUCCUGCGUCUGCUAAAAUGAAAGUUGGCGUCACAUAUGCCUUGCUUAUUCCUUCUGUGUUGCCGUUUUUUUUUUCUCGGAUGUGA